AUGGAUGAAGAUGAACAAUCUCGCAAAGACACCUUCCAAGCCCUCGCGGACGCCCUCCGUGUCGGAGACUUCUUCACCGUCUUUCUACUCUGCGACACAUCCGAGCCUCCCAUCCCUUUCACCACAACGUCCAUCUCUCCUUACUUGCCGACAGGACGCUCCCCCCUUGAGCCUGUCCAGUGUCACCCCCUCGGCGUAGCCGCCAUGUUCUCGCACCCCGAAGUUGUCUCCCAAUUGCUCUCCAUUCCUAAAGUUGUCCACCACAUUGACGAUCCUGUCUUCAACCUCUGCAAAUGCCCCUUCCAUCCCGUCGACACUCAUGCCUUAGCGGAUUACGGCGUGUUGGAUGAUACAGGGCACUGGACCGCUUUGCACUUGGCCAUUUGCCAGGGAAAAGAUAUCGUGCACAAGUACGUCUACGGCGCACGCAUUAUACCACCAGACUACGAGCCCUCGCUACAAAUAGUGAAGGAUUUGCUCAAGGCAGGAGCGUCCCUCACCGUCUCAGCGGACCCAUCCCACCAGGCAAAGAUCACGAUCCUCCAUACCGCAGCACUGCAAGGCCGAGACGAUGUCCUCUCUUACGUCCUCUCUCCCGAUUUUCCACGCAAAGAGGAAGUAGACAUCAAUGCCCGCGACCACGAAGGGCGCACACCGCUCCACUAUGUCGCGCUCCGCUACUCCUCCUCCUCCUCCUUCCUCGACGAGGACAAGGGGGACGACGACGAGGGGGGCGAUCUCUCCUGUAUCAAACUCCUCUUAUCAGCUGGCGCGAACCCCGAAAUCCGCGACAACUACUCCCAGACUCCCUUCACCACGGCCCUCAACUUCGGCUGCCUUUUCGCUGCCAAGCACCUCCUCCUCGAGGGGGGAGCCAAACACCAAUUCCGCUUUCUGUGCCUCCGCACCAACAGGCUCUGCUACCCCUUACAAGUGCUCGCCUACUCGUACGAAUUUUUCUUUCCCACUUCAUUACCUGCGCCGUUCCCGGGAGAGCUGGGACCGGUGCCCAGACCGACUUGGGAAGCGCAGCGCGCCGACUUGUUAGACACCAUCAUCCGCCUUUCACCACCCGAUCGCGCCUCUUCUCUCAUCAAUUGCGGCCGUCUCGCAGAAUCCAUCACCAUGGAGGAGGACGAAGACCAAGUCCUGCACCCGCUAACCCUCGCCGCAGGCGACGGUAGUAAUCCCGCUACCGCUGUCUCCUUCUUUCUCAGUCACGGCGCGGACCCGAAUGCCGUGUCAGGGUACACCAAGGGACAAUGGGGCACAGCGAUGCACGAAGCCAUCCUUUCCAACCCGCGCCGGCCAGGGCUAAUGUUGCUAAAGUUUCAUCCGGACUACGACCCCGAGACGGACCGGAUCCACGCCAUUGGACCAGACGCGAGCGUGGUCGGCGAAGCCAAUGCGCCCCCACCGCGAAUCGACACGCCCACGCAACUGCACCACUGGACAGCGAUUUUGAAAUGCGUCGUGUUGGCGAUGAAGGGCGCGAGAAUCCGCACUCCAAACUCGGAGGGACACACGGUGUUGGACCUGGCGAUUAAUCGCUCGGAACUGCACGAAAGUGUGGAUAAAUUCGACCAUGUUCAGGACGAGCCAUAUCGAUACUGCACGUACAAAUUCGUUGGCGCUUUAUUGUUUAGUCUGAUACAGCCCUAUAAAAAAGAUCCAUCGUCAAAGCCGCUGCUGGAUGCGGAGGACAUGAGGUAUCUGGCUGAGAAGCUGAGGGAGGUGAUUGUGAGGAAUCCCGUGUUGGCGUACGAGAUGGUGGCUGCCGGGGUGGAUCUCGCGGUGUUGAUGGAGCAGAGGCACGAGGUAGGGCGUGAGGCGAUGACGGCGAAAGAGAAUGGGACUUUGACUGUGGGGCGUGUUGAUCCCUUUUACGCAAUGAAAUUUGUGGAAUUGCUUGUGACCGAAGCGAACAAGGACUUGGAGCUUGCGGUGAUGAUAGCCCAUUUCAAAUUCAUGUUGUUGUAG